UGGAAAGUAUGGAGGACUUGGGAUACCAGCUGUCCUCAGUGAGUUCCAACAUCCCCCAGCAGUGGCACUUGGUCAGAACAGCUCUGAGCAUCUCUCUCUGUGCCACCAGCCAUUGUUCCUGCACCACGAUUUCAACCUCUUCUAAGGUACCUCCUGAUUCAUUAGCUGAUGUCAUGGAUAUCUCUGUUGUUGCGGAGGAUACUCUCCUUUUCCAAACUGAGAUGUACUUUAACCCUCGGAAUCUACAUUGUGACCCUCAGAAGAUCCCUUUGGAGUGUUCUGCCUCUAGGAAAUCAGUGUGGCUUACACCAGUUUCUACAGAAAAUGAAAUAAAAUUGGACCCCAGUCCCUUUAUUGCUGACUUUGAGACAACACCGGAAGAGCUAGGCUUACUAAGUCUUUAAGGAGGAAUGGAGCAUUGGAACUGACAUCAUGAAUUUUGUUGGAAAAACCUGUCUUUUUGUAUUAAAAAAAGUUGGUAUAAAUCUUUUCUUAGAUAUCUUCUCCCUAAAAAUCCCUGAUUCAGAGAAGAUAUAUAUAUAUAUAUAGCAUCAGGGGUAUAGCUUAUUAAUUUAAUGUUAAUUAUUGGUAAUUUAUACCACCCAUUUAAAUUUUAUUUUCUAUUCCAUACAGUAGAACAAAAUGUCCCCAAUGACAAUAAUUUGAUCCAGUUGAUAUGAACCUUCGAGAAAUAUGUUCUAAAUGUUUUUUAGUAAAAGUAAAGAAUGGAGAUAGGUAUCUAAAUAUGCCAGAGACUAACCUGGUGCAGAGUUUAAAAUUUAAUGUACUAACUCUCAGGACAAAGUGCUUUUGUGUGAAGACACUUUAACUCGUGUGGCUUUCCUAAUUAAUUGGUAAAAUCGAUUCCUAAAAAUAAUUCAAUGUAUGUCAUAUUUGAUUGUUGCAGAAGGAAAUUAGAUUCAUAUUCUAGAAUUGAAAUAGCCACUUUCUUUCUUUAAAAAGAUUUGUAUUUAUUUAUUUGACAGAGAGAGACACAGCGAGAGAAGGAACACAAGCAGGGGGAGUGGGAGAGGGAGAAGCAGGCUCCCUGCU